UAUGCACACACGUCAUAUUUAUGUAGUUAUACAUAUUAGUCCCGAGACAUAUAAAGACCAUGUUACUUCGACUUACCCAACCAAAUCAGCCACUGAUUUAAUGAAGACCAUGUAACUUUGACAUGGCCAAUGAAGUUUCAUCUGUUACUGUUACCAGGUGUUAUAAUAAGGAUGGUGUGGAUCUUGUCUCAUAACCACACUUUAAAUACAGAUUCUUGUGUAAGGGUUUUAUUUAGUCUGUAACCCUGCAUAAAACUAAAAAUAUGCUUUCACACAUUUGAAUGGGAAUGGUGGGCAGGUAUGGUAAGGCAAAGUUGUCCCUGUGCGUAAUUAAUUAAGUGCUGUGCCAUGAAAGACACGGGAAUGGAAGUGCAGUUCCACCGUUCUUGAGCUUGGACACUAGAUGGAGAAUCUGUGUGUGGAUAUGGAAGAUGAGGAUGAUGACACAAUCAACUUCAGUGCUCUUGAAACUGAACUUCAUGCAGCCUUAGAAGAAGAUGCCAAGUACUGGCGAGAGAAUGAUGCAAAACUUAGAGCUGUGGAACAGAGAGUUGCCACAUUUGAUGAAUUCAGGGACCUGGUGAAAGCAUCACAUCUGAAACCACUGGAUAAACAAGAAAAGCUAAACAUCUUUCAGUCCAAGAGAAGCAGUAUAUGGAAUAGCCUUGCUCCUAAAAAGAAACAGGGAAUUGAAAUGGAAACUACCCAGUCACAUUCUCUGAAUAUGAUGCAGCAAGAUGAUCAUGUACCAAUGACGACAGUAGAAUUUAUACAACAGUGGAGACCACUGGAUAUAUGUGAUCGCCUGCUGCUCCUCAAAUUCACUGGUGCACAUAAAGUGGGAGAAUUGGUGAAGUCUGAAAUACCAGUGGGAAUAUUAGGGGAGAUCUUACAGGCAUUAUUGGCUUUCUCUUUAAAUACUCCAGAUAUUGUAUUUGUCGUCAGGUUACUGGAAUCUUUAACAGAAGCAAAACGGUUUAAUCUAAGCCUUCAGUUUUUGAGCUCUGUAGAGAAAGAAACAUGCAGACAGUUGAUGGAGAAGUUAAGCAGUAGUUUCCAGAAUCGCCAACAAGAUCUGGCAGAAGAAGGAAUCACAGAAUGGACUGUUCUUGAGCUCAAAAAUAAAUAUAAAGUGUAGGAUCACUGCAGCACACAGUCACAAAUUUUACAUUCAGAAUUGGGUACAAUACUUCUGGUAUUAUCAAGUACUCCGAUGUUAGUUGAAAUGUCUUGCUAAAUGCACUGACCACCUGUGGAAAAUCAGUCACAACAAUCUGAUUUUUUUGUAGUGCAGAUCCCUUUGUGCUUAGUGCUCACACUGCUUUUGUGUUACACAUUCCUUCCAUGCACUUCAGCUACUGAUGAUCAAGGAAUAUACAGCAGAAGUGAAGCUCACACUGGAACCCACCUCAAGCUGCACAGCAAUUAUAAUCAUAAUACAUCAGUCUAGCCUUUGGUUCCUGGCCAGCUUUAAUCCCUUCACUGUUGAUAAAAACAUGUUCAUCAUAUGUGUUUCAUAUUAGUCCUAACAGUCAGAAUUUUGACGUGCAGCAUUUUAAUAUAAAAACGUAAACUUGUUCCUGAGCUUAAUUAAGCAUCAUGCCAUGAAGACAUAGCGGAAUGGAGG